AUGCCAGAAGACGAGGCCACUGUGGAUGAAUCUGCUGGUCAGACCGGAGAGACCCUGUCAUGUGUCGCCUGCAGGAACCGGAAGCUCAAGUGCGACAGAGUCAAGCCCAUCUGCGCCAGAUGUGCCAAAGUGAAUGGGGACUGUGUCUAUCCAGAAUCGCGACGGAAGCCGGCCUUCAAGCGAAGGAAUGUGAGAGAACUCGAGGCACGCUUAGCGCAAGUCGAGGUCCUUCUCAAGGAAGCAGGCGACAGCAGGCCCACAGGAGAUAAGCAAGCGACUGUAGAGGAUGUUGAUGAGCCCAUCCACUUCGACAGCAUCGAAGUGCCCAUGACCGAGGAAGUCUUCCUCCAGGGAAUGGACUUUACAGAAGCAGACGUGUCCUUUGACCCGAACAUCACGUACCCCUAUAACCAGGAGGACUCGACACCCUUUUUGUCAGGGCCCUCAGUUGAGCAGGAGGCCAGCAACAGCGCUUUCAAUGGCGAGCUGAUGGAUCUUGGCGGCAUCUUCGAAACUCUGCCCCCUUUUGAGAUCAUGGAAGAACUCAACCGCAUAUAUUUCGAGCGCCAACAACACUUUAUGCCUGCUGUCCAUCCCGCUCGAUAUAUGCAGGCUUUCUACUCGCCCCCACACAUGAAGCCCCCGAUGUGCCUUCAGUACGCCAUAUGGGCUCUUGCUUGUCAUGGGCACCAGAAAUACCAUGGCUACCAUGACGUCUUCUAUCGUCGUGCACGGCAGUAUGCUGAAUCGGAUGAGAUGAAAGGCUAUGGCGAACACUUCAUCACGGUCCGUCAUGCCCAAGCAUGGUGCAUAAUAGCAGUCAAUGAAGCCAAAGGGAUGAUGUUCACGCGGGCGGCAAUGAGCUGCGCUCGUGCAGUCAGACUGGUUGAGAUGAUGGGGCUCCAUCGGCUCGACGGACCUCCCGACGAGAUGAGCCCUACUCUCCUACCACCGAAGGACUGGGCCGAACUCGAGGAGCGGCGGCGCACGUUCUGGGGAAUCUUCUGCAUCGAUAGCCAUUGCUCCAUCUCGACUGGGUGGCCACAUCUCAUAGACCACAAAGAGGUCACUACUCAUCUGCCUGCUAAUGAGUCCGCAUUUCACAAAGGCGAGGAAAGGGAGUCAUAUAGUCUUCACGAGGCCCUGAAAGGGCGGCCAUACUCGUCGUUUGCUGGAAACGUCGUGAUCUGCCACCUGUUCAAUCAAAUCCUCAAACAUGUCCAUCGACCUCAGCCCAAUGACGAACCCGAUAACUACGAAUACGGCGAGUUCUGGCAAAGACACCGCGAUAUCGACAACACCAUCUCCAGUGUCUUCAUGUUCCUCCCGGAGCCUUUUCGCUUGCCUGAGAACUAUCGUGAUCCGACGGCUGUUCAUACGAACCUGAAUCUUCAUGCAUCCAUCAUAUGCCUACACCAUGCAGCCAUUGAGAAGAUCGACAUUCAUAAGCUACCAGAUAGUGCUAAGAAAGCCAGCCAGAAUCGGUUGACCACCGCAGCCCAAGAGAUCGUCAACAUCAUCAAGCUCACCAGUCACGUGGCCACGAACCCAAAAAGUCCUUUAGCGGCCUUAUCGCUGUAUUGUGCUGCCUCGGUCUACGUCUACCUCAGCAAGGAGGCGCAAGCCCCAACCAACAUCGACAACCUCGACUUCAUCAUCUCUGCGAUGGAGGCCAUUGGACGAGAUCACCUGAUUACACGCGUGUUCCUGCGUCAAGUGAUACUGGACAUCGAGCAAAAUGGGCUGCAAAGCAUCGUCAAGAUCCCUCGGAUCGACAGCCUUGGCGAAGGUUUCUGCGGCCAGCUUUCCCAGAACAUCCCCUUACUCGCACGUUCCAAGAUCUCACGCCACUCGAAAGUACAGCCUCCGUUGCCAGGCCGAUUGCCCCUCGGAAAGCCGGUUGGACGUAUGAUUCCAGCAAACUACACCAACCUCCACUCUGGAUGGCCUAGGCAAAUCUACGAAGAUUCACCUCGGGAGAGCAACGGCAACUCCUCGGAUGCCAACGCGAACAAGCGGAAGCGCACCGCCCCAUCGACGCUGGACGGCGGCUCUGAGAGCUCUGAGCAGUUCUGCAACGCAACCGGCAUUGCGGAUACCCUCUCAGGGAGCACGCCUUCGUCCCAUUCAUCACCCCAGGACCACGCCAGCGCGGGAGCUCCACCGCAACCUUUUGUCACCGGCUUCAGUGUUCCCGGGAUACUGACCCAGCAGCACGUAAACCUGCCUCAUCGUACUGGAUCUCCCGCGCCGGCCAACAACGCCGCCAACAACACCAUUUACAGAAAUACCAAUGCGAAAUCGAGCAAUCUGCCCCGGGGCAACAUCAGCAACAAUAGUGACCGCCCAGGCGUCACCAUCAACCCGAGCCUCCUCGGGAACAUGGGUCCGUCAACGUUCACGACGGCCGGCCACGGCCAGUCGCAGACCGAGACGGCGGUCAAGGACGCGAUGGGCUCCUGGGACCCCGCCAGCAUGGGCGUGUACGCGCAGUUCACCGACAAUGGGACGGCCACGGGCGGCCACGGGGCGGGCGCCCCGUUUGAAUUUGCUACGUCUGAUGGUGUAGAUGUGAACUGGGAGGCGCUUGGCACGAAUAUGGGCGUGGGCACCACGGGUGAUGGGCCAACAGGGCCAAGAAGAGAAUACUAA